GCUGUGUUAAUCGGAUUCAGUGGGCGGCGGCGCCCCAAAUAUGCUGAUUAAAGGCGGAACUUGAAUGUGACGAUCUGAGAUAAACCGGUGCAGGAUUACUCUGAUAGUUUCCCCUGUAGGCUGUUCACUCCUGCAUGUGUGCUUUAAUGACGCUGUUUACAGACCUGCUGUCUCGUCUGCUUACUUAGUUAUCUUCUCCAGUCGUUUGCUUUCUAGCUCGACUCUAAUCGGCACUAUUCGGUUUCACAUCGGGUGAUUAAUCAGCACAGAUCUUUCUGUAGAGACGCUUAUUGAGAAGCAGUGGUGGAGCUCCGGAUCUCUCCUGAUGGAUUUACACGCUGUGUGCUGCUCUCUGCUUCUGCUGUCAUGUACAGGAGUAUGUUUUGGCCAAGAGGUGUUAUUACCCGAGAGAAUAAAUAGAGCAGUUGGGGAGAAUGUGGUGAUUACUCCAAUCCGUAUUCCGGAUCCCCCACAUCACAUCAUCAGAUGGAGGUUUAAUGAGAUCUCCAUUCUUUCUGGACCUCCAAGUGGAAUUAUAAUACAGCCACCGUACACUGACAGAGUCAUUCUGGAUCCCACCACUUUAGCUCUGGAGCUCAGGAGCCUGACUGAGAAUGAUACUGGACUAUAUUUUCUGACUAUAGACACUCCUACAAAUCCUUUCACAGGUGUAACCUCACUGCAGGUGUUUGAAAAAAUAUCUGGAGUAGCACUUACUGGACCAACAAAUGAUCUAAUAGAAGGUGUUUCCUCUGCUACAUUAUCCUGUAACGCGAAUGGAACCAUAUACAGUGCUGAAUGGAUGAAAGAUAAUCAGAAACUGUCAGCUAGCGACAGCAUCACAUUCUCGAAUGAUAACAGAUCAGUGAUGAUCAGUCCGGUGAGGAGAACAGACAGUGGUGAAUAUAAAUGUACACUCAGCAACCCCAUCAGCUCUGACACUGCAACAUACAGAAUGAUUGUUAAUUUUGGACCAGAUAAUGUGAUAAUUGAUGGACCAGUUGAAAUGGAGGAAGGAAAUAAAUUGACACUGUCUUGCCGUUCUGAAUCUACACCAAAUGCCUCGUACAAAUGGAUGUUUAAUGGGACUUUACCUGAAGUGAAUACAGCUGUAUUUACUGUGGAGCAGACUACCUUUAUGGACACUGGGAAUUACACCUGCAUGGCCUCCAAUCAUGUAACAAGACGUGAUGCAUCUGGAUCCCAUGUUUUGGUAGUUAAAGAAAAAGGCUCUAUGGGUGGAGGUGGGGAGUCACUGUCUGCAGGAGCCAUAGCUGGGAUUGUUAUUGGAGUUUUAUUGGGUGUUGCUGGAAUUGCUGGUUUGAUUUUCUACUUUGUUAAAGGCAGAAAAUGAUAGAAAGCUCCAGAGGAAACAACAAAAUUGAGCUACAGCUAAUCCUGCCACACAAAUCAUUUAUUCUGAUGUGUGGACCACACUGACCAAGCCUGCCAGUCACCUUCUAAAAAGUAAGCACACAAUUCAGCAAUUCUGCAAGAGACAUUUGUGGACCUGCCAUUGUUGUGGAAGAAAAAAUUACGAGUCCAAGCUCUUGAAGUAACUGAAUGGUUUUGCUGCAGAUUCUGCUUGAAUAGAAGUGGGUAUUGUUGGCUAUUUCAAUGGAACCCUCAGUGUUUAAGGAAUUUAGUAAUUAGAUUUUCUUGCUUUUAAUAUUAGAUGCAAAUGUAUUAAAAUGUACAAUAUCACUUCCGAAUACAAAUUACAACAAAGUACAAUGAGAUUCAGCAUGCAUUUACCCCAUCAAGCAACGAAGUAUGAAGAAAAUUUUAUGAAUAUACACAGUACAAAUGUAAUAGUAGUAGUGCAAUAUUGGAUGCAAUAAUAUAAAUAAUAUACAUUCUGUUCACAUUUUGUUGAGAAAUCAAAUUCUCCAGGCUGUAAUAAAUUAAAUGUAAUACAUGAAUUGAAAUGGCAUGUGUGGCCCCCAGAUAACCUUUGAUUAGAAAUUUAUGUUCAAUAUAACAAAGGGCAUGUUUAAAAAGUGCCAUAAAACAUGCUUGCUGUUUAGCCAUCUUGUAAACUAUUAGAUAUAGACCCUGACUGUGUUUUUUCACCUUUGGACCUGCUUAACUCUGUUACUCAGGGAACUAAAAUGAGGAAGUAAUAAAAGUUAGAAAUUUACUGGAUGUUCAAAUAAAAUAAGUGCAGUGGUUCCCAGCAUGUAACAAAACAAACAAACAAAAAAAACAACAACAAUAAUCUGAAUACUGUACUGUAACUUUCUUUACUAAUAAAAAAUGCUAAUAUUUUUGUUAACCUAUUUUUGUGUUUCAUCUAGGCCUAUGUAAUUUUAUCCAAUAUGGGUGUAUAUAAUUGUUUUAUUUAAAUUUUGACAAUGCUUGGUAGGAAAUCACAUAAAUCAGAUUGUAUGAAUGGCAAAGUUUAGGGUCGCAGCUUUCUUUCAACAUUUGUUUGAACUCCACGGAAUCUCAUGAUAAUUUUUAUUUAUUAUUCUUUUUUUUUUAAAUAAACUCAUACUCCCAGAUCUCUAAUUAGGGUUUAAGAUUACACUUUGGUAUACUUUCAUCUAUGACCUCUAGAAUGACAAAUGUAUACAGUUUACAUUUUUUUUUUAUGAUUUAUUUAGACAUUUCUGCUUUCUUGUCUUAAAAUAACAUAACAUUGUUGUCAUUCAUAAUCUUUUGUUUGCAGUCAUGCUGUCAUAUUAUGUUUAAUGUUCAUCCUUUCUGUCACUGGGUGGCUCUCUUUGGCUCUGGUCUGAUUAUUAAAUUUUCGAGGAAAAAAAUUGUAUUUGUUGGUGUAUUAGAGUCAUGUGUCAUUUUCAGUCCUGCAGAGUGAAGAGCACAAUGUAUUAUUUUGAUCUUGCCCUAAAAUAUUUCUCCAUCUGUUGUGUAAAUCCUUGGAGAAACUUUGAUUGUAAGUUUUAGUGUUCAUCUUUGUAAUUUUAAAUGCUGUGUGCAUGUAUUUAUUUAAUUUUGCUAUUUUUAAGUUUAUCACACAGCAUAUACCCAGUCUCAGAGAUCAGUUAUGUCUUCUGUAAUAAUUUAAUUUAUUUUCGUUACACUUUCAUUUCAGUUUCACAAAAAAUAUAAGGAGAUUAAGAGAAAUUGCAUAAUCCCACUUAAGAAACUAAAGUAAGAUAUCUAUCUUAUAAGAAAGAUAUCUUUCUAUGCGCACUCAAGGACACGUAGACAGAGGACAGAGUGCAUACAUUUUUGAAAAUAUUUCAUAUGAAUUCAAAAUUACACUUAUUUGAAAAUAUAUUUAAGUAACUUGCCAAGGUGCUGUUCUAAUUGCAGGUCAUGCUUUUUUAAGGUCCUAUCAUGUUGGAGGUCUUAGCAUGAUAUGGUACUGAUGAUUGAUACAUUUCCUUAUGUUUAUGAAAUGCAUAAAAUAAUAUUUAGUAUUUUAUAAUCUGCCAUAGAAGAUUAUUCCAUAUAUUCCAGAAGAAAUGCUGGUACGUACAUUGCCAAUUCUAAAUUGCCCCUAGGGUGUGUGUGUGUAUGCGUGCGUGGUCAAUGUUUUCUGGCAUAGGCUCCAGAUCCACCUUGACCAGGAUAAAGUGAAGAUGAAUAAAUUAAUCUCCUGAAUAAGGGUUACUUAAGAACUGGUUAUUUGUUCCUGCUUAUUUGUUGCAUAGUUACCUAUGAGAAUAUGGUCAUGUAUAAAGUCUUAGCAAUAUAGUUUUUUUUCUGAGUGAACAAAUGGAUUCUAAGUGAUCAAAUGGCAAGUCUGAUAGCUUUACAUAAUAUUUAUUAAUUAUGCCUCAACUCAUUUAAAGAAUCCUCUGUCCUGUGUGCGUGGCGUUUCCAUGUUCUCCCUGAGCUUCUGGGGUUUCCUCUGGGUACUCCGGUUUCCGCCCCAGACCAAAGACAUGCGUUGUAGGCUGAUUGAUAUGCCCUGCAAUGGGUUGGCCUGUGAUGUGUCCCAAGUCCCCUGUGACCCUAUGUAGGAUAAGCAGUAUAGAAAAUGGAUGGAUGGAUGGAUGGGUGGAUGUUUAGCAUUCACUAAAACUUCAACUCUCUUUUAUUUGUUUCAUCUCAGUACUCAAAAUUGAAACUUUUAGCAAACUCCAUGACACAGAGCUGAGACAGUUUCAGGAAACCAUUUCAGUAUUUCUAUGUUGAAGUAUUUUAUUUUUCCUGUUGUUUUUUUUUCGGUUUUUUUUUUUUUCCUGUGGACUGGACUGUAAAUGGGUUUUGUGGCAGUUUCAUCUUAACAGGAAUACUCUGAUAAAUUAAUAGUUUCCACAUGUGGUGAUGUUGGUGCAAACAGUGAAUACAUGGGGGUGAGUGAUAAUGGAUAUCUCAUAUAGUUGGCGGUGGCACUCAAACCCAAACAAACUCCUAAACUUGCAUGAACAACACUCAUAAGGUACUGUAACUGGGGUAACUAUGGUUACCUAGUUACAGUGGUACUACUCUUUUUGCACAAGAUAUGUGUUAUUUUGCUGAUAAUAAGAGCUAAUGGUUUUGCGAUAUGAUUUUAACAUAUCAUUUUCUUUUUAGGGUUUGUCACACAUAUUAGCUGUAAUGUUUUAGCUACCAGAAAAGUUCCAUACUUGCAAUGAGAUUUACAACAUCAUUGCAACAUAAUGCGUUCACAAAAAAACACUGUGUACUGUUUUAACUUGCAAGGACCUGUUGCUAAAGUGUUGGUUUUGUAAUCCCUUGUGCAAAAGGAAACCUUUCUCCUUGGAGAUAGUCUUUGCAACUCACAGCUACAGUGACGAAAAUAACAGAACAUUUAAUUGUGCAAAAUUUAAAAUCUCUCCACUUUCCCUCUACACUAAGGUAUGAUUUAAAAAAGAUUUUAGACUUAGCCAAGGAAGACUUUAUAUUUACAAUGCAGACGCAAUUAUUAAAAAUAAUUUACAAGUGAGGCAGUAAUAUAAAAUAGCUGAGCAGCUGAGGGUUAAGAAGGUCAAACAGUGACUCUGGAAUUUGAUUAGAUAGAUAGAUGGAUAGAUAGACCGAUAGAUUGAUGGAUGCGCCUUCUGUGAAAGACUGAAUAAAGUGUGAUGAAGGUUUAAGCUGAGUGAUGCCUGAUGAAUUUAGGGCAGACUAGUAAAGAUAAACUUUCCACUUCGGAUUUCCAGAAUGUGCUUAUGUGGCCAUCACCAUGUAUUAAUACUACCAAGUAUUAAUCUCAAUUUUUCCAAAUAUAUAAAUAAAAAAUUAACCAGGCCCAAAGUCCUAAUAUAUUAUGUCAGAACAUAUUGUGUAAUCUGGGAAUCUACUAACUUCCUGUUAAUUUGUAUACUUAUAAUCCUGAAGAUAUAUUAAGUUGCAUUUUGAGACUCAGAGAGAAGACAUAAAGAUGCAGCUGUAUAUGUAUAUAAAUCUGCUACUGACAGUUACAGGGCUUGUGCAAGUGGUUACUGCAAGUAAGCCACAGUGGGUAAAGAUCUCAGGCCCUGAUGAGGUAGUAGCUGGAGUGAGUGCCCUCUAUGAGUGUUCUGCAGUCUGCAGUCGUACCUGUUAUUAUACCUGGAACGUGAAAGGCCAGUCAUUUCCUGGAAGCAAAUUUACUCUGACUGAAAAUGGCGUAGACACGUCCAUCUCACUAGCAUGCACCGUGACAGAUGAAGACCAUAAGCACUUUGUCAGCGAGAUCAGAUCAGUCACAGUGAUAAAUCCAGUUUCUGUGAAGCCAUCGACUAAUCAAUCAGUACUUAACCAGCAGCCUAAAGUGGGUCGGUCAUUUCGUUUAACAUGUGAUGCAGCCUCCCCACCAGUCACUAUAACCUGGCUUAAGGAUGGUGAACCUCUUACAUUAGACUCCAGGAUGAGCCUAUCCACGGACAAUGGGACUCUGUUUUUUCGCCUACUUGAAGAGUCAGAUAGUGGCCGAUAUCAGUGCAAGGUCCUUAAUGGAAGUUUCAGUGUAAUAAGCAAGGCCUACUGGAUUUAUCUUGGAUAUGUUUUUGUGAGCAUAACUGGGCCAAACCAAGCUGAAUUAGGCAUACAAAGUGAGUACACUUGUUAUGCACAGUGCAGGAUGGAUUGCACUGUGCAGUGGGCCUUGCAUGCAGGCUUUCCAAGGGGAAGACUUAUUGCUGAGGGACCAAAGAUUCUCUGGACUCCCUCUGACAUUGGACAGACGCAGGUCUUCACUUGCAUCACUUUGAACCCGGGAGCAGGCAAUAUUGGGCAGGUCUCCAAAAUUGUGACUGUUGUAGAGGCGCAGCCACGCCCCAUGCCCAGUAAUGCUGUGUCAGCCAAACCCAGUAUAGCCGUGGUGAGCAGUGUGACUCUGCUGAUCCUGGUUUCUGCUUGUGUCUGAUUGUCACCACAGAAGAAUAAGCUCUACACACAGUCCAAGAAUUGCUAUUUCUCUACUAUAGUACUUCCUCUGUGUAGAGUCCAUUGAAUUAAGACUGAAGUCUCCUCAACAUGUCUGUUUUGUCUUACUUUGUACUGACAUAUAUAUUUAAACAUAAAACAGGUAACACAUAUUUUGUGUUGAGCAAGUAGCAUCAUUGAAACUUUCAUUGAAACCUUGCUUCAGUUCAGUUCAAUUUUAUUUGCAUGAUGCUUUAAAAAAUAGAUAUUGUCAGAGAACCUGUAACAGUAGAGUUCGAUACCUAAGGAGUAAAGACAUGACAGUGGAAAAACACUGAGACACUGAGGAAGCACCCUUGAGCAGAACCAAGUUUAAAAUGGAACCUGCCAUCUUCUGAGAGACAAUGGAAUGUGGGAUUAUACUGCAAAUCAUUAUUCUUCUAAAACUGUAUAAUAUAAAGUCAAAUGCUACUAUGUGGAGUGAAAGUCCUGGGAUGAGAACAGGACCGUCUUUAUCAUCACAGCAGCACUUCUUACGUGCAAGUCUAUAUUAUACCGAUGACAUUAUCAUGACAUUUAAGCAUAAACUUGCUUGUGACCUAACCAAUCUUUAUGGACUGGUUAGUUCAUCAUAUGUCUCCCAUUAAUAAAAUCAGUCCAUACUGAGAAAAAAAUUACUCCCACCAUCAGUCAAAAUAGAAAGACAGUUGUACUGAGAAACUGCCACAUUUUGCUAAACAAACUCCAUACAUCUAAACAUAGGGGUAGAGAUCCGGUAAAUGCACAUGAGUGUUACACCCCUAUUAUUUUUCUGUGUUAAGCAUAAGAACCUAUUCAUUUUGGUGUGUCCAUAAAUAAUCAUUCAUGUGCAGUGAGCCAAGAUGGAAGAUGGUUUUAAUCUACAGUGUUUUACAAGUAAAGCAGGAUCAAAUCGAAGCACUAAACUGUUAAAAAGGCUGACAAUGAUACAAGUGCUGCAAAAGCUAGACAUUUCCACCAAAAGAACCAGACACAUGUAAGAAAUAGUUGUAGGCAGAAUAAAGUGAGCCACAACCAAAUAUACAAACACAUAUAUUAAUACACACAAAGCAACACUACAAUCAUGCAAUAGGACAACUAAAAUCCACAUCCUUUAAACAAAAGGGCCAUCAACACACCCAGAUAGACAAACCUGUAUGCACACCUGACACAGUGAAAGGUUUCAGUAUUGAUGUGCACUCGGCAGAACUGGGUCUUCCAACACUGUACCUUGAUCGUUUUAAAAAAUGAAAAUAGAAAAAAUCAAUACAAAUCUAUCUUAACAUAGCCUAUCCUAGCAUAUCUUAACAGCAACAAUCUAAAUGUAAAUAAAAGAUCUAGAAAAUUCUAUACACCUGUACAUAUUUGGUCAAAAACAAUAUUAAAGCUGUGCUGAUUACA